AUGUCAUUUAUAUAAUAACAUAACCUAAAAAGAGUAUUUUUGAGUGUAUAAUUAUAAAAAAAAAGAAAGUUAGGAAAUUGAAAAUUUAUAACUUUCUGCUUAUUUUUAAUAAUAAUCAAGUUAUGCAAUAUCUUGUACUUAUAGGUUUACUAACUUUGUUUGCCCAAGGUACAAGAGCCACUGAACAACAAAAUGAUGAAACCUCCUCCAACUCCUCAACAGAUAAAAAGAUCCUUGACGAAAGCCUUAAACCGAUCUUCGACGAUAUCCAGCCUGAGUUUGACAUAUUUCCUGACAGCUCCAUACCCAAAGCAGACCAAGAAAACACCCUGGCCAAUCUAACAGUUGUAGAUCAAAGUAACUCAACUAGCACCAACAUAUCUUCAGGAAAAUUCCUAAAUUGCAUUAAGACUAAUAACAUGGCAACUGUACACCUUGUCAAUGAUACUGAGCUUAUUCAACUCUUAGUACCAGACCCAAAAAUUGGUUCUGAAAAAAACGCUCCUGGACAAUGUAUUGCUGUGCUUUUUUAUUCAAAAAAUUGUCCAUUUUCGAGUAUAGCUGCGCCACAUUUUAACGCACUUCCAAGAGCUUUCCCUAAUAUUAAAAUGGUGGCAAUCAAUGCUAUGAGGUACCACUUGUUUAACACUCAAAAUGGUAUAGUAGGAGUGCCAACAUUACUUUUGUUCCAUAAUGGUCGGCCCAUGGUACGGUAUAAUGGAUCUAACUAUAAUUUAGAGUCUUUUUCUAAGUUUAUAACUAGACAUACUGGUAUGAAUGCAGUAGAGAAUUCAGUUGUGACAUCUCAGGAUUUUGCUGGUCCUGUUGUCAGUUCUCCAUCAAAAGAAUCUGAUAUGUUUUUAGUAAUUUCAUGGUUUUUUAUUAUUGUUUGUUCUUGUUAUUACUUUUCAAAAUCAAAAAUGUGGAAAUGGGUGGUCGAAACUAUUCAAAGAAACUGGAGGGAGUCGGAACAACAUGCUCACCCUCAUGUUGACUAGAAGUGUUAAUUUUAGGUUAAAGGGAGUAGGUUAUUUUUGAUUGUGAUAAUUUAUUUAUAAUAUAAAGACUGAUCAGAAAAAAACAA